ACUGAGGGAAUAUGUUGGAGAAGCAGGGACAUGCGGCGCGGGAAGAGGGUAGAGAUGCGUCGCCUAGACUACCAGUCUCGCUAUCGGGAGAGAUCAAUGCAGCCACACGAGCCCUACACACCAACCUCAAUCGUUUAAUCACUUCGCGCCUUCCACUCGCCCUCCCGCCAUAUACAAACGACCCCGCCCUCUACGCCACCGGACUCGUCCACUUUGCGCACAUCUUCCUAACCUUUGAAUCGCUAUGGGCUGACCUCCUACGCGACCAUGGCACCCACCCCGCAGAUACCGACACAGCAGCAGCAGCCAUGGACCCAGAAACCGCCACCCCCUUCUCGCCAUUACUAUCUUAUCUCCUCGUAAACCCAUACGACUCGCCCUCACUCUUCACAUCCACCCUCGGUGCACCAACCCCGCCAUCCCCCCAACUUACCGCUUUCCUCCAAUCCCUCCGACCAAAAGGAUUAAUACGCUCCGGACGCCUGAAAAGAGAUCUAGAGUACCUCCUAGCCGUCCACCCCACCGACCUCGAAGUCCUCCUGGCCAAAUAUCCUGGCGACAAAGUCGCAGACUUUUGCACACACAUCCGCAAGAGCGUCAACGAGAAACCGUGGACCCUCGUCGCCUACGCAUGGUGUUUCUACAUGGCAAUCUUCUCCGGCGGCCGCUGGAUACGCGGCGGGUUACUUCAAGCACCGCCUGGUUUCUGGCCCGCAGAUCAUAACGGUCAAGAAGCUGACUUGCAAGACCGCGGGUUGUCGUUUUGGCAUUUUCCCGGCUCCGCAGACGGAGAAGACAUCAAAGCCGAAUUCAAAGCCCGACUAGCAGCCGCAGAGGACCUUUUCACCCCAGACGAACGCGUCGACAUCAUCGAAGAGGCUAAACACAUUUUCCGCCUCUGCGCUACGCUUGUCGAUGAGUUGGAUGAGAUGAUUGGCACGGAUAUGCAGGCUGCACAACUGCAACGGCAUUUGUUUCCACCUCAACCUCAACACCAAUCCCAACAAUCCCAACAUCAGCAUCAGCAUAAGCAUCAGCAUCCGUCAGACUCGCAGCUUGCGCAGUCGGGGUCGGAGAAACAACAUCUUAUGGGUGUGAGUCAGGUGCUAGCUAUGAGGGUUGCGCCCGUGACAAACAAGUCAAGGGAUCCGUUUAGUCUGUUUUUCAAGAGACCAGAGGUCACGGGCACGAUUGUGGCGGUGGGGUGUUUGGUUUGUGUUGUACUUUUUAGGUUGCAGUAG